GGGCCAAGGCGGUGCAUUUGAUAACGGUGGCGCACUGGUUUAGCGCGGCUCUUUCGCUACGAACGACGGUCGAAGCGAGAUCAAUAAGCGAUGACGGGUGCCGAUCGCUGAAUUCUGACAAUCGCAGUUACACAGCAUUGCAUCUACCGCCGACGUGACAUACUUUCAUAGGGUUGUCUAUAGUCGAUUCGUCGACGUUUGUUAGACCUUCGCAUCUGCACUUCGAGCGGUGUCGGGUUUAAUCGGCGCGGAGUCUUUGAGCACAGGCGCAAUCAUGAGUAAACAGUUGGAUCAGCUCACCGACGUGUUCAUAUCGGACGAGGUAUUAUUGAUGUGCCAUAACUUGGCGCUACUCACUGAAAAGGAAGAGGUUGCCGCUCUACUCAUCGGCCAGAAAAUAAUACACGAGAAUGGGAUCACUGUAUCUGUGACUGCGCUAUCGAUACCGCCCCGGGGAGAGAUCAAAAAGGAUCGCGUGGAAAUCAUGUCUGAAGACUUGGUAAACGCUAUGGAAGAUGCCAAACACUUCUCCCGCGUCAAAGGCGCUAACUUGAACGUCAUUGGCUGGUAUCAUUCACAUCCUCACAUCACUGUGUGGCCAUCUAAUGUCGAUUUGCAAACUCAAUUGAACUUACAAAACAUGGAUUCAUGUUUUAUCGGUAUAAUUUGUUCCUCGUAUAAUACAGAUACUACAACAAUGAUGAAAGAAAUGAAAACAGUAUGCUUUCAAGCUAAACAAAUAAAUGGUAUGGUGCACAGAAUAGAUGUUAAAUUUCAGAUUGCACCUACAACUUGUACCAGCCAAUUGUCAUUUGGAGUAAUUGUAAAGCACAUAGAAACAUUGUAUGACGAACUCAUAAAAAAUUAUAAUGAAGCAAAUGAAGGUGUUAUAAGUCCAAUGGCUCAGCUUCAUAAUGAUUCAG